AGGCUGCCGAUGUGAGCUGGGAGCCCCAAGGACCCUAUGACAGAGCUCAGAGAGCCCUGGGCCUUCUUCCUUGGCCUGGCUGUGCUUGGGAGGGCUGCCCAAUUGGGGGUCUCUAAGGAGCAUGAGUCUCCUUUCUCAUCCCAGGUGUACAAACUGCUGACCCACGACGAUACCAAGAGCAUCUCCCUGAAGAGUCUCCCGGACUGAGAGGAUUCUGGGUGCCCUAGGGCUAAGGACUUUGGAAGAUGUCCAGAAGGGCCCUCCAAAGGCCAUAACCUCUCCAGCCAAAGCAUGCAUCUAAGCUGAGCCCUGGUCCCAAGCUUUGAUGACAGGAAACCAGUAAAUUUCUCCUGGCCAUGUGCUUCUGAGUGGUCUGCUGAGGAGCGAUGGGAGGUCAGCCCAGCAGAGGGAAAACCCCACCAAGCCCAAGCUCGAGCCCCUCUGUCCAAGGCCCGGGCCCUGUGCCCACGCGAGCAGAGAGAAGCAGGUUCACAGCUGUGGCCCUGAGCAGUUACCCGGUAGGCGAGCGCACAGAGCUGUCGCUGAGACUGGGGGAGCCGUUGACCAUCAUCUCUGAAGAUGGAGACUGGUGGACGGUGGUGUCAGAAAUUUCGGGCACAGAACACAGCAUCCCCAGCAUCCAUGUGGCCAAAAUCUCCCAUGGGUGGCUGUAUGAGGGCCUGAGCCGCGAGAAAGCUGAGGAACUGCUUUUGCUGCCUGGAAACUCAGGAGGGGCCUUCCUCAUCCGGGAGAGCCAAACCAGGAGAGGCUGUUACUCCCUGUCAGUCCGCCUCAGCCGCCCUGCGUCCUGGGACCGGAUCAGACACUACAGGAUUCAGUGCCUUGAUAAUGGCUGGCUGUACAUCUCACCACGCCUCACCUUCCCCUCACUCCAGGCCUUGGUGGACCAUUACUCUGAGUUGGCGGAUGACAUCUGCUGCCUCCUCAAGGAGCCCUGUGCUCUGCGGAGGGCUGGCCCACUCCCUGGCAAGCCUAUACCGCCACCUGUGAUUGUCCAGAGGACACCACUCAAUUGGAAAGAGCUGGAUAGCUCCCUCCUGUUCUCUGACGCACCUGGUGCAGGGGAGGCCCUCCUCAGUGAGGGACUCCGGGAGACUCUCAGCUCCUACAUCAGCCUGACUGAUGACAGCUCCUUGGAUGAUGCCAGGGCCCAAAGCAGAGACCAAAAGGAAAUCCAAGGCUGCAGCACCUAGACCUCCACCUCAGCUCAGUCUCAGCAUUCGAGACAAAUCUGGGGUCCCACCUGUAUCCUCUGCUCCUUCCUUUCUCAGCUCUAAGAAGUCACUUAAUCUUCUCCCAGUGCCAUAAACCCACCUGCAACCUCUAGUUCAAAUAUAGACCAGCUGAGAAUAGGGACAGGGCUCCAAAGAGACUAAACCUCUGGAGUUUGACCCAGUCAGUAUCUGCAUUUGGGGUUUCCAGUACCAUCUUCCACUCCUGCCUGUUGAGUGAGUCCCCCCCUUUUUUAAUGUUUUAUUUAUUUUUGAUACAGAGAGAGACAGAGCAUGAGAGGGGGAGGGGCAGA